GUGUUUCCGUCAUUCAGUGGGCUGAGAGUUUCUCUGCAAUUCUCAGCGGGUUCCAAUAAAAUUCAAUUUGCACAAUCAUCGUUCCACUUCAAAUUUGUUAUUUAAGUUCGACCUCUCUCAUUUCAUUUCCCUAAUUUAUCGAUAAUAUUCACAUAUUUUUCGUUCGGACUUUCUUCGGUUAAAGCUUCCGAACAUGGAUUUAGUUACUAAGGUUCAGUUUGUCGAUCUCCGUUCGAGUUUUCUCUCUGGUGCGGCUAUUUUAGAUGCUCGGAAAGCCAGUAUUCAACGUCGUUCUCGCCCAGUUUCGGCGUCUCUAAUUCAGACCAGGCGAAGUUCUGACAAUUUAGUUAAGCUUAAUUCUGUAUUUAACCCUAGAAAGAAAUGCCCCGAAGUUUCAGCUACGGCAUCAACGGUUGCCGUCGAGGCCGAAACCACCGUGGAAGAUAUUGAAUCGCUGUUCUCCGAGACUUCGGUUGAAGAUGCUCAGCAGAAUCGGAUUACUAAACAGUCGAGCAGCGGUGCCUCGAGUGUUUCUUCGGGUGUUAGGCUAGAAAACAUUAGUAAAAGCUAUAAAGGGGUGACUGUUUUGAAGGAUGUGAGCUGGGAAGUGAAGAAAGGGGAGAAAGUAGGGUUAGUUGGAGUGAAUGGUGCAGGAAAGACAACUCAAUUGAGGAUAAUUACGGGACAGGAAGAACCCGAUUCAGGGAAUGUAGUUAAGGCGAAACCGAACAUGAAAAUUGCAUUCUUGAGUCAAGAAUUCGAGGUUUGUCCUAGCAGGACAGUGAAGGAGGAGUUCAUGAGUGCCUUCAAGGAGGAGAUGGAGAUUGCUGAGAGGUUAGAGAAGGUGCAGAAAGCGCUUGAGAAUUCGGUGGACGACUUGGUCUUGAUGGGUCGACUUCUGGAUGAACUGGAUUUGCUUCAGAGACGAGCUCAGGCCAUUGAUUUAGAUGCGGUUGAUGUGAAAAUUAAUAAGAUGAUGCCCGAGCUUGGUUUCUCCACGGAAGAUUCCGAUCGACUGGUGGCAUCAUUCAGCAGUGGCUGGCAGAUGAGGAUGUCCCUCGGCAAAAUUCUUCUUCAGGAUCCAGAUUUGUUACUUCUUGAUGAGCCAACUAAUCACCUUGAUCUUGACACAAUUGAGUGGCUUGAAGAUUAUCUUAACAAGCAAAGCGUGCCAAUGGUCAUCAUAUCCCAUGAUAGAGCUUUUCUUGAUCAGCUAUGUACAAAAAUAGUGGAAACUGAUAUGGGUGUCUCCAGAACAUAUGAGGGAAAUUAUUCUCAGUAUGUUAUUGCAAAGGCAGCCUGGGUAGAAGCUCAGUAUGCUGCAUGGGAGAAGCAGCAGAAACAAAUUGAGCAGACAAAAGACAUAAUAAACAGAUUGAGUGCAGGAGCAAAUGCCGGCCGUGCAUCCACUGCAGAAAAGAAGCUGGAAAAGCUUCAAGACGAGGACCAAGUUGAGAAGCCAUUCCAACGGAAACAAAUGAAGAUUAGAUUCCCUGAGCGUGGCAGGAGUGGAAGAUCUGUUGUUACAAUCAAAAACCUAGAAUUUGGAUAUGAGGAUAAGGUUCUUUUCAAAAAGGCAAAUCUUUCAAUUCAAAGAGGCGAGAGAAUUUCUAUUAUUGGCCCAAAUGGAUGUGGAAAGAGUACAUUGCUUAAACUCAUUAUGGGCUUAGAGAAGCCAAGAGGAGGUGAAGUGAUAAUGGGGGAGCAUAAUGUUCUCCCCAACUAUUUUGAGCAGAACCAGGCAGAGGCACUUGAUUUGAAUAAAACAGUGCUCCAGACAGUGGAAGAAGUUGCAGAGGACUGGAGAAUUGAUGACAUAAAGGGUCUUCUUGGUCGGUGUAAUUUCAAGGCAGACAUGCUUGAUAGGAAAGUGUCCCUUUUAAGUGGUGGUGAGAAGGCACGGCUAGCCUUUUGCAAGUUCAUGGUGAAACCAUCAACGUUAUUAGUUCUGGAUGAGCCAACCAACCACCUGGAUAUCCCAUCAAAAGAGAUGCUUGAGGAGGCAAUUACAGAGUACAAAGGCACUGUUAUCGCAGUUUCUCAUGAUAGAUACUUCAUAAGGCAAAUUGUCAACAGAGUAGUGGAGGUCAAUGACAACAUUUUACAGGAUUAUUCAGGCGAUUACAAUUAUUAUCUAGAGAAGAACCUUGAUGCUAGACAAAAGGAGCUCGAACGUGAGGCAGAGCUUGAGGAGAAGGCUCCUAAAGUGAAGGCGAAGUCUAAGAUGUCAAAGGCAGAAAAGGAAGCUCGGAAGAAGCAAAGAAGGUUGGCAUUUCAACAGGCAAAAGCAAAAUCAAAAGGAUUGAAAAAUGCAAAACGGUGGAACUAAUUCAUCGCUUGACCAACGACUACUGUAUAUCCAAUACAUACCAGAAUCAGAAAUUCGAUCCGUGUCUAUAUUACAGAAAUAAAGUACAUGUUACAUUUCAGUAAAUAUUAAAGUAGGAGCGGUUGUGAUUGAGAAGCCAGCACUAUGGAGAGCGAUUUCUUGGGGGCUUGCUGGAAAUUGGUUGCAAAGUAUUCAAGGGUUCAUGUAAUUACUACUCAGAAGCCAUUUGAGUGACAGGCAAUCAUGUAAUGAUGUAAAGAAUAAAAUGGUUAUUAAAAGUACCAGAGAACUAUUGUAUUUGGAAUUUGAUAUAAUUAUGGCUGUAAGUCAGGCCGGAUUAGGUCGGGUUGAAGCCAACGCUAGCCCAACCUGAGAUUUGAACUCCAACCCUAAUCCUAGCCCAACUGAAAGUUGAUUUCAGAUUGGGUUGGGCCUAAU